CUGGAUAGGAGGGAGCAAGGUGCAGGAAUGGUCAAGGAGGGUGGUGAAGGGCUGAAAAGUGGCUGCAUUAAGAGUAGCCAUGGACCAUGGCUGGUUCACAAGACUACUAAAGAUGGUGGUGUGGUGACAAAGUAUCGGUAUCCGUCUGAGAAGGAGAGGCAGAACAAUAAGCAGAGGGAGCGGAAGAGGCGUUCGAUAUCCAAGAAAAUCUUUGCAGGUCUCAGAGCUUAUGGAAACUACCAGCUCCCUAAACAUGCUGAUUCUAAUGACUUGUUGAGGGCUCUUUGUGAUGAAGCUGGUUGGCAUGUUGAUGAGGAUGGUAAUGUUUACAAAAAGGAGGCCAUGUUGAGGAUGCCGAGCUUGAUCAACUCCGGCUUUGAUGCUCGGAUUGAAGAACAAUUCAAGAACAAGACAUUCAGCAGCUUCGAUGAUGACAUUCAAGCCAGAACUACCAGCUUAUCCUUGGGGUGCUCCUUCGAAGAACAUGAUAUCAAUCUUUGUCUCUCCCUUUCUUGAACAAAAAUGUCAGAAAAUAUAUAUAUUCACAAAUCACAA